AGUUCAACACUUCCACAGAGAAGAAAAAAUCAAAUCGACAAACAUAUUUACUUGAAAAAGUUAAACGGACAUUUUACUCAAAUGAAUCACUACCCACAUCAACACCAGCAGAAACGACAACAAAGUCCUGAUGAAAAAACAACAGGCAUGAUUUUACAGGAUGCCUGCACAUCCUUAACACAAAAUCUCCAAAUGCAAUCCAUCAAUUCGUAUCAGCACAUAAGCUCUCAAUAUAUUGAUCAGGUUGUGGAAAUUGAAAUGAAACGUCUAAAAGCCAAUUGCAGUCGAGAAGAAGAAAAUUAUGUUGAACAAAUGCUUUUGGAAAAUCCCAUAAUUGUCGAAAGACGUACAACAACAUCAUCUCUAAGUGAAGCAAAUAAUAAUAAUGAUGCCACUGAUUACUGUUACUCAAAUGUUCAAGAUGUCGAUGUUGGCAAGGAUGAAGAAAUCUUUGGGCAACAACAACAACAACGUUCAGAAUCCUGUCGUCGCUCUCGCAUCAAUAACAAAAUUAAAAAAGCCAAAUCGAAAUAUCGCCAUAAGUUUAUGUCGAAUAAACUGCUGCAGAGUGCCAAUGUAUUGCAAUGCUUACAGAAGCUAAUUGAACAAACGGAAAAUCAACUCAUCAAUCAGGGAUUCAAUGCAUUACAAUUGCUUGAAUUAAGA